AAACUUAUGAUCCUCCUAUCUCAGCCUCUCCUGUCUAUGGGAUUACAGGCGUGAGCCCCUGUGCCAGGCUGGACAUAUGUUUUUAUUUCUCCUGGAUAGGUACCUACUAGUGGGAUUGUGUCAAUAGAAUCAGUGUGUAACUUUUAGAGUCACUGAAGGACUAUUUUGCAAAGGGUCCAGUUGCAUGUGAGGUACCUGUGAGAUGUCUGGGGAGGGGAAUCACCAAGUGACUGCAGCCUUGACUUGUACAUAGGCUUCUUGAGUAUACGAUUUUUAUUUUGUUCAUUUGCCUAUUUUUGCCUAGACAGUGCUUGGCGCACGAUAUGGACUCUAAACAUAAAUGUUUGUUGAACAAAUAAAUGGAUGUGCAGAACUGAACCUUGGGAAGAGCACAGAUCUGGAGACAGAAAUCUGGGGACAACAAAAUUCCAGAUGUCACGUGUCUUUGACAGCUCACACAGGGCUCUCCCACAACUGAGAAUGGAAGCCAGGGAAAGGGUGUGGCUGGACAGGGAAAGGAAACAAGUGAAGGAGGACCAGAGACAGUGGCAAUAAGAGAUUUUCGGGUUUUUUUAAAAAUAUUUUAUUAGUUGUUAACAGAUAUUAAUUUACUUAUAUGUGGUGCUGAGGAUCAAACCCAGUGCCUCACAUGCUAGGCAAGCACCCUACCACUAAGCUACACUCCCAGUCCGAGAUUUUAGUUUUAAUGAUUUCUGCUGUGCCAGACUCUGAGCUCAUUUCCUUAAUGAGAACUCACAGAAACUUCCCCCAAUUACCUACAUGCCUUUACUUCAGGGGCCCACCCCAGGGCUGAGUACAUGGCUUCGAUAAAUAUUUGUUGAAUGAACAGCAUCUUUGAGGUAGUGCCGUCACCUCUGCUUUAUGGAGAAAAUCAGGGCUCAGAGAAGUUUAGUCUAUAGGCUGAAGCAACACAGCUGAUAAAAGGCAGGGUUUUUAUGGGAACCUGAGUCAAUCACCAUUUCCUCUUCUACCAGAAGAGAAGCUGGAGAAGAGAGCCCCAAGAGAGGUGGAAAAAUUGGGAAAGAUUAUUUCUGGAAGGGGAGGAACUUCUGAAGGUGCCAGUGUCUUUGGUUUCAGACCCCCUUGGUGGCCUUCUCAGGGUGGUGACCACAGGCCAGGUCAAGGCAUGGCUGUGGAGGGGCAGGCCUGGCGCCAUGGUCAUUCUAUUAUUACCAGAACUGAGGUCGUUAAUGCCAGAGUUGACUUUUCCUUUUGACCCCCAAGACCAGCAGCCCCAGGGGCAGACAGAGGAAACUCUGCUUUCGUUGCAGCUUGCAACCUGGCCCGCCUCCUGGGAAUCGCGUUGGCGCCAGUGUGGCUCAGUGGAGGGGAGCAGAGCCUGGGAGCCACCUCCUGCCUGGCCUCAGUUUCCCCAUCUACCAUGUGGGGAGCUGGUAUUGGGCAAAAAGAGAAAUACCGUUGGGAUGUUGGGAUGUGGCGCCCAGAGGGAAGCCAGUGACUUUUCUGCAGGAGGGUUUAGAAUAGGGAGCAGCUCCCCCAUCCUCUACAACAGCUCCUUCAAGUUUGGGUGCAGAGCCAGAGGCCUUCCUAGGGGAAGGCUCAAAGGAGGGUGGGUGAGUGACGUCCCUUCUUCCUGAUGCUGCUGGAGGCAGUGUUCCGGCUCAGGACGUUAUUGGAGGGCCUUUGUCAUGCCUCACCUGAUGCAGUCUGAGACCUGCAGGGGGCAGCAGUGACCAUGCUUAGACUUGGCCAGGAGUGGGGGAUGUCGGGGAGAAGCUUGGUGCUGAUGCAGGCUGGAAGAGGGAUUUGGAGAAGGAAGGAUGCACUGUGUGGGGACAGGAGGGACCUUGGUGAGCUGCCUCACUGGAACUGAGAGCCCUGGAGGUUCUGUGACCAGGCUUGAGCUCUGGGGAACAGGAUGGGCUUGUAGAGGGCCUGAGCUUGCUUGACAGAGGUGAGCUUGACAGGUGAGGGACGGAGGAGACAUAACACAUCUACCUCCAGGUAGACUCAGGUUUUCCUGGAAGUACACAGCUACAUACUCUAACGGGUCUCUCUCAGAUGCACGCACACAUCCACACAGUACCCUCACUCCUGGAGAGAAGCAUCAUCCAGAAACCAAACUCAACCUGGUUUACAUAAAGGCAGGGAACUGAUCAGCUUAUGCAACUGAACAGACCUUCAGUAGAUUUUUCCCAAGUGUGCUUCAGGCCUGCUGGAUCCAAGUCUAAAACAACAUUGCCAGGAAUCUGUCCCUCUCCAAUUCCCGUCUCAGCCUUCCUCAAAGGUGGCUUCAUUUUCAAGGUUGCUCUUUCUUUGAAGCAGCCAAGAUGACUUUGAGGUUUUGAUCUUGCUUCCACCCUGCUUAGUCACCGGGCAGAGAGGGUAUUUCUUUCCCAAUAAUUCUCCCCCUGAAUCCUGGCUUCAUUGCUGAUACUCCCCUGGGCACAUGCCAUCCAUCACUGCUGCCAGGGAGAUGAAAUAUUGAUUGGUGAGUGUUGGUCAUGUGCCCACCCCUGGGGCUUGGAGGGAGGUCAGUCUCACCCAACCUCUCAGACUAAGAGUGUCAGCCCAAAGGGACAGUGGUUCUCAACUUUGGGAUUGGAAGGCCAGAACCUCCUCCCAAAAAACUGGGAGACCUCCAGCCUGAGCCACAAGGGCGAGGCUAGGGGGCUGAAUUCUUUAAGCCCUUCAGAGGGUCACCUCCCCAUACACUUCCCCCUCCAGGGGAUCCCAGCCUGGCUGAGAUGAUUAUGAUGAUGAUGAUGACGACGUCGAUGAUGAUGAUGAUAACAAAUAUUAAUAAUAAUGUCUAUAUAGCUUUUAUUCUGUAGCAGUCCCCAGUGUUUUUCAUGCUUGACUCAUCUAACACAAAUUACAAGCACUAUUAUUAUUCCCGUUUUGCAGAGGAGGAAGGGGAGGCACAGGAGGACUGGAUAGCUUCCCCAAAUCACACAGCCAAUGAGGAGUGGAGCUGGGGUUCAAAUCCAGGCCACUGGACACCAGUGGGCAGACUCAGAGCCAUCAGGCUGUGUCAGGCACAGCACAGGAAAGGAGGGGCAUUCUGGGACAGAGGAUUGGAGGUCCCAAGGGGUGGCCCACAGGCACACCCUGCUCCUGGAAUCUGGAAGGCCUCCUCCCUGGGAUGCUCUGAAAAGAUGGUGGAACUUCAGGCUCAGGCCAGCAGGGGAUGGCAGGUGGGCUGUUCUGCCUCCGGUCCAAGAGCUUCUGAAGCAGAGAGUGGCUCAGAGAGGCAUCUGGGGAGGGCAAACAGAAAGCCAUGACACAUCCAGCAGGUGCCAGAAAGGAGAGAAGCCCACAGAGCCGCCUGCCAUCCUUGAAUGGCCCAUUCAGCUCUGGUCCAGGACCAUAAGUCCCCUGUGUCCCUGCAGGUGGGUAUUUGUGUACGAGAAGGGCUACCAGACCUCAGGGGGCCUCAUCAGCAGUGUGUCUGUGAAGCUCAAAGGCCUGGCCGUGACUGAGCUCCAGAGCAAACUCCAGGUCUGGGACCAGGCCGACUACGUCUUCCCAGCACAGGGGGACAACUCCUUCGUGGUCAUGACCAAUUUCAUCAUGACCCCCCAGCAGGCUCAAAACUACUGCGCAGAGAACCCCGAAGGGGGCACAUGUAAGAACAAUAGUGGCUGUACCCCUGGGAAGGCAAAGAGGAAGGCCCAAGGCAUCCGCACGGGCAAGUGUGUGGCCUUCAACAGCACUGUGCAGACGUGUGAGAUCUUUGGCUGGUGCCCCGUGGAGGUGGAUGACAACAUCCCAAGCCCUGCCCUUCUCCGAGAGGCCGAGAACUUCACCCUCUUCAUCAAGAACAGCAUCAGCUUUCCACGCUUCCAGGUCAAGAGGAACAACCUAGUGGAGGAGGUCAAUGCCAGCUACAUGAAGACUUGCCUCUACGACAAGAAGCUGCAUCCUCUGUGCCCUUUAUUCAACCUCAGCUACAUAGUGCAGGAGUCUGGCCAGGAUUUCAGUAGCCUGGCUGUCAAGGGCGGGGUAGUCGGCAUCACCAUCGACUGGGACUGUGACCUGGACUGGCACAUACGACACUGCAAACCCAUCUACGAGUUCCAUGGGCUAUAUGGGGAGAAAAAACUGUCUGAAGGCUUCAACUUCAGGUUUGCCAGGCACUAUGUAGAGAAUGGGACCAACCGCCGUCACCUCUUCAAGGUGUUUGGGAUUCGCUUUGACAUCCUAGUAGAUGGCAAGGCCAGGAAGUUUGACAUCAUCCCUACAAUGACCACCAUUGGCUCUGGGAUUGGCAUCUUCGGGGUGGCCACCGUACUCUGUGAUCUGUUGCUACUUCACAUCCUGCCCAAGAGGCACUACUACAAGCAGAAGAAGUUCAAGUAUGCUGAGGACAUGGGGCCAAAGGCGGGUGAGCAUGACCCAGCAGCCACCAGCUCCACCUUGGGCCUGCAGGAGAACAUGAGGACCUCCUGACCCUGAGCCCUUGACUCCUGACUGGAUGCAGCACUUGGCCUUGGGCUGGGGCCCUGGUGGGUCCCAGCCAAGGGCAGAAGGGUCUCCCAUGCAGUGUCCUACCCUCUUAGCCAAACAGAUACCAUUUACCAGCAGCUUAGGAUAGACCUGUGCAGUUUAGGACUCUGGCUCCAACUCUGUACCCCCCUACCCCAAGAAAGCCCCACUCCAGUCUCAGUCAUUCCUGGUCGAAAAAGCCUGGGGAUCCUCACACAUUGGUACCCCAGCUUUGUGCUUAUCUCUUGGGGCCCUCAUUGUCCGUCCUUCUGCCUCAAUUUCUCUAGAUCUGUGUCCUCCAAUAUGGCAGUCACUAGCCACAGGUGACUAUUUAACUUUAAAUGAAUUAAAAUUCAAUAAAAUAAAAAAAAUUCAAUUCCUCAAUGGAACGAGUCACAUUUCCACUGCUUGGUAGACACACGUGGCCAGUGACUGCCAUGUUGGACAGUGCUUGUCACUGAUGAAAGUUCUGUCAGACAGGUGUGCUCCAGGCCUAUUUCUGCCUGGCCUCAGAUUUCCCUGGGGAGAAUAUUGACAAUGCAGGUGCCUGGGUCCACCCCAGACUUCCUGAACCGGAAACUCCCAUGCUGGCCACAAUGAUCUGUGUUGGUAGCAAGCAUCAAGGACAUUUUGGGACCUACAUUUAAGAACUGCUGUCUUAGCAUUUUUUGACUCCGAGCUCUUGAUUGGGACCGGGGUCUGCACCAACUGGCAGGUAUGGACACUGAGCAGGGUUUCAGACACCCUCAGCAAGUGUGUAGUGUGUUCACGUGCCACACAGUGAUUCACGCACACACCCCCGUGUGCAUGCACACCUACCUACAUGUACACGGCCCUCAUGUACACACCACCCACAUGCACACAGCCCUGUGUUUGAACAGCUUGGGGCCCUGCAAACACAACCAUCUGACACACCUACACCCUCAAGCAGAGACACAUGAUCCAUGCUGUGUCACCUCCAUGGGGAAAUGCUUCUUCCCUAGUGUGUCAGGCCAGGACAUCCCUUCUAGCCACAAAUCCUUACUCAGCUACCUCGGGCUGGAAUGGGAGCCUAAGCUGAAUCCUGGGCUCCUUGCCCAUGGCCAACUCCAGCUCCCACGGCCUCCCUGGCUCUGUCAGAACACAAGGUCUGGGAAAAGUGAGGGGUGGAGUACAAUAAAAGGAAUGAG